AUGAUCCACAGGAACACUGCAGGUCCUGUUCGCAGCCUGAAGUUUGUGAUUCUUCUGGUGGCGCUAAGUCCAGAACUCCUAUCCCUGGGAGCCGGAGUGCAGCUUCGAGACAAUGGGUAUGAUGGAUUACUCGUUGCAAUCAAUCCUCAGGUAUCUGAGGAUCAGAACCUCAUCCCAAACAUUAAGGAAAUGGUAACUGAAGCUUCUUUUUACCUAUUCAAUGCUACCAAGAGAAGAGUGUUUUUCAGAAGUAUAAAGAUUUUAAUACCUGCCACAUGGAAAGCUAAUAAUUACAGCAAAGUAAAACAAGAAUCAUAUGAAAAGGCAAAUGUCAUAGUGGCUAACUGGUAUGGGGCACAUGGAGACGAUCCAUACACCCUACAAUACAGAGGCUGUGGAAAAGAGGGAAAAUACAUUCAUUUCACAUCUGACUUUCUACUAAAUGAUGACUUAACAGAUGGCUAUGGAUCACGAGGCAGAGUGUUUGUCCACGAAUGGGCCCAUCUCCGUUGGGGUGUGUUUGAUGAAUACAACAAUGAGAAACCUUUCUACAUAAAUGGGCAAAAUCAAAUUAAAGUAACAAGGUGUUCAUCUGACAUUAGAGGCAUUUUUGUGUGUGAAAAAGGCCCUUGCCCUCAAGAAAACUGUAUUAUUAGUAAGCUUUUCAAAGAAGGAUGCAUGUUUCUAUACAAUAGCACCCAAAACGCAACUGCAUCGAUAAUGUUCAUGCAAAGUUUAUCUUCUGUGGUUGAAUUCUGUAAUGCAAGUACCCACAACCAAGAAGCUCCAAACCUACAGAACCAAAUGUGCAGCCUCAGGAGUGCGUGGGAUGUAAUCACAGACUCCGCUGACUUUCAUCACAGCUUUCCCAUGAACGGGCCCGAGCUUCCACCUCCUCCUACCUUCUCCCUUGUACAGGCUGGCGACAAAGUGGUCUGUUUAGUUCUGGAUGUGUCCAGCAAGAUGGCAGAGGCUGACAGACUCCUUCGACUGCAACAAGCAGCAGAAUUUUACUUGAUGCAGAUUGUUGAAAUUCAUACCUUUGUGGGCAUUGCCAGUUUCAAUAGCAAAGGAGAGAUCAGAGCCCAGCUACACCGAAUUAACAAUGAUGAUGAUCGAAAGCUGCUGGUUUCAUAUCUGCCUGCCACUGUGUCAGCUGAAGCAGAAACCAGCAUCUGCUCAGGACUUAAGAAGGGAUUUGAGGUGGUUGAAAAGCUGGAUGGAAAAGCCCACGGUUCUGUGAUGAUAUUAGUGACCAGUGGAGACGAUGAGCAUGUUGGCAAUUGCUUACUCACUGUGCACAGCAGUGGUUCAACCAUUCACACCAUUGCCCUGGGUUCCUCUGCAGUCGAAAAUCUGGAGGAAUUAUCACAUCUUACAGGAGGUUUAAAGUUCUUUGUCCCAGAUAAAUCCAACUCCAAUAGCAUGAUUGAUGCUUUCAGUAGAAUUUCCUCUGGAACCGGAGACAUUUUUCAACAACAUAUUCAGCUGGAAAGUACGGGUGAAAAUGUUCAACCUCACCAUCAACUGAAAAACACCGUGACUGUGGACAACAGUGUGGGCAAUGACACUGCCUUUCUAGUCACAUGGCAGUCCAGUGGUCCCCCUGAGAUUGUAUUAUCUGAUCCUAAUGGAAGAAAAUACUACACAGGUGAUUUUAUCACCAAUCUAACUUUGCAGACUGCUCGCCUCAGAAUUCCAGGAACAGCUAAGCCUGGGCUCUGGACGUACACACUGAACAAUACCCACCAUUCUCUUCAAGCCUUGAAAGUGACAGUGACUUCUCAUGCCUCGAGCUCAGCCAUGCCCCCUGCCACUGUGGAAGCCUUUGUGGAAAGAGACAGCACCCAUUUUCCCCAUCCCAUGAUGAUUUAUGCAAAUGUGAGAAAAGGGUUUUAUCCCAUUCUCAAUGCCACGGUAACAGCUACCAUUGAGCCAGAGACUGGAGAUCCUGUUACACUACAACUUUUUGAUGAUGGAGCAGGUGCUGAUGUUAUACAAAAUGAUGGAAUUUACUCGAGGUAUUUUUUCUCCUUCACUGUAAAUGGUAGAUACAGCUUGAAAGUGCGUGUCCGUCACUCUGCCAGCGUAAGUGACCUAGCACACUCUAUUCCUGGGAGUCGUGCUAUGUACGUCCCAGGUUACAUAGCAAAUGGUAAUAUUCAGAUGAAUGCCCCAAGAAAAUCAGUGGGCAGGAGUCAGGAGGAGCAAAAGUGGGGCUUUAGCAGAAUGAGCUCGGGGGGCUCCUUUACCGUGUUGGGAGUUCCAGCUGGCCCCCACCCUGACGUGUUUCCACCAUGCAAAAUUAUUGACCUGGAAGCUGCAAAAGUGGAAGAGGAGGUGACUUUGUCCUGGACAGCACCUGGAGAGGACUUUGAUCAGGGCCAGGCUAACAGCUAUGAAAUAAGAAUGAGUAAAAUUCUAAAGAAUAUUCAAGAUGACUUUAACAAUGCCAUUUUAGUGAAUACAUCAAAGCUAACUCCUCGGCAAGCUGGCACCAAGGAGACAUUUACAUUUUCACCAAGGCUUUUCACAAAUGGACCUGAACAUCAACCCAAGGGAGAGACACAAGAAAGCAACAGAAUUUAUGUGGCAAUACGAGCAAUAGAUAGAAACUCCUUAAAGUCUGCUGUAUCUAACAUUGCCCAGGCAUCUCUGUUUAUUCCUCCAAAUUCUACUCCUGCACUUGCCAGAGAUCGUCUUAUACUGAAAGGAGUUUUGACAGCAAUGGGUUUGAUAGGAAUCAUUUGCCUCACUAUAGUUGUAACACAUUGUAUUUUAAACAGGAAAAAGACAGCAGACAAGAAAGAGAAUGGAACAAAAUUACUAUGAACAAAUGUACAGAGUACUUUCCUACU